CUGCACAUUCAACAAAGCUGUUAAAUUCAUCGCAAAUAUAAACAUGAAGCUAAGUCGAGAAAUCUAGUCAUGAAUUUAAAUUGAUAUUUUUGUCUUCCAAUUAUGAAACAUAAUAGCAGUUGUUCUGAGGUUACAGUGCUCACAGCUUAAUGAUAUAUAGCACUGGGUCAAUGACGAAAUAAUGGAAGGGUGACAUAAAAGAUCUGAAGGGUACGAGAUUCCAAAAGCACAAAUCAUGGUUUCUUCAUGCGGUCUGAAAUGAAAGGAAGAACAAGUCUAUGGAUCCAUCUGGUCACCUAUGACAGUGUUUCAAUCAUCGCCACCCCCACCGUCUUUAUUUCUCUGUCUUUUAAACAAUCAAUAAAUAAUGGUCCAAACUGCCUUGUCUAUCUGAAGCUUCAUCCAAUACACCAACAACAACAACAAUAGUUGCCAUUAGUAACAUGAAACUUGAAGAGCAACAACAACAACAGAGAGAAUACAUAACAGUAAAUGUGAUGCAACUACCACAUAAGCAAUACCGACAAUAACCAUUCCCACUAUAACCAGUACAUAAUGUUAACAAUAUUGAACAUCAUUAACAUGAACAAAUACAAGCUAUAUCUAAACAAUUAUUGUUUAACCCCAGGGCAGUCCUGAUCUGAGAAACCUAUAAUUACCUUCAAUCAAAAAUAUUCCAACUGUAACCAUCUCUCUUUCUUUUUUUUUGUUAUGUAUAAGGAAACCAAGAUUCCAUUAUCCAAAGUGUCUUUUUCUAAGACAGAGUGUGAUUUGUGAGAGAUCUGGCUGCUAUUUCAAGCAGGUUGAGUGACCUCAUAGAGGAUUCUUCAUUGGCUUGAUUUUCCAACUCUAGUAACAGCAGCAACAGAAACAACUUCAAUUAUGACAACUCUCUGGUGACUCAACAGCAACAAAAACCCCAUCAAGAAAGCAUUUAUAGCAACAACAAAUCUUAACAAUUAAUACAGCCGCAUCAUAAAUAACAUCAAUAACUAUAUCAUCUUCAUUAGUAACAACAUCAUCAUCAUUAUCAUCAACAGCAUCAAGGAUGAAUCAAGUUAUCCAAGUAUCGAAUGAGGGUCUUCCCAUUGUGUUGGUUGCCGAUGCACUGACAAAGCUGGGGGCAGCAUACUGUUGCAGUUUGUGUGCACAGACAUUCAGCCAGUAUGAGCUAUUGGAGAAACACAGCAGCACCCACCACCCUGUGCAGCCAACGUUUCUGCUGCAACAGCAGCAGCAGCAGCAACAACAACAACAACAAGAGCAACAACCACAACAUAUUCUAUUGCUGCAGCACCAACCAACCCAAGAAGAACAGCAACUGCAACAGCAACAACAGCAGCAACUGCAACAGCAGCAGCAGCAGCAGUUGUUGGAACAGCAACAGCAGCAGCAGUUGUUGGAACAACAACAACAACAAGAGCUUCAAAUUCAACUUCAACAACAAAAGCAAUCCGAAGAAGAGGAGGAGGAGCUACUACAACAAAAACAACAACAACAACACCAAUUACAACUACAGCAACAACGACAACAUCAACAAGUACUUCUGACAACAGUACUGCAGCAAUCUCAGAGUGUAACUUCCAGUGAUUCUCCAGCAUCUGUUGUUAUGACAAGAGAUGAGGAUAAUAAGAUCCCUGAUAGCAGUUCUACAAAGUUUACGUGUAAAGUCUGUGGAAAGGAGUUUUCACAGAAGUUCCACCUGAAGGAACAUGAAACAAUUCAUACAGGUGGACAACCUUAUAGGUGCAACAUAUGUGGACACACAUUCUCUAGAAGUAGUAAUCUUGCCCGACACUUAAAAAUCCAUAACACAUUAAAGACUCCCAACCGAGAAGACAGCUCCAGAACUGUUUCCUUAACAGACAGAAAGAACAGCAGCUGCUCUGAUGCCAGUACUAACCACUGGAUGGCAGCAUACGAGCUCAAUGGAUCAAAUCCAUUUGAUUGUAAAGACUGCUGGAAAGCUUUCACUCUGCAUAAAGAUGCAAGUGUGCAUGAGCGGAUACACAAGGCUCUAAAGCCAUUUGAUUGCAAAACGUGUGGUAAGUCUUUCAGCCAACGCUCACAUUUAAAAGUGCACAACCAACGCAUACACACUAGUGAGAAGCAUUUGACUGAGAGUGCAUCAUCAUCAUCAUCAUCUUCAAGCAUACUUGACAGGGACAAUAUUUUUCAGAAUGAUAAAAUGAAGGAACUGAUGAGUGAAAUGAAUCCUCUUGAUUGUGAUGUCUGCUGGAAAGCUUUCUCUCAGCGUUCACACACCAAUUUACACAAGCAAAUUCACAAUGCAGUGCUUCCAUUUGUCUGCAGUACAUGCAGCAAGGCAUUUUCAGCUAAUAGUAAAUUAAAACGACACAAACGAACACAUCUUGGGGAAAAGUUAUUUCAGUGUGACCUUUGCCAAAAGUCUUUUUCUCAGAGGUCACAUUUGAAAGUACACAGUAAAAUCCAUUCUGGUGAGCGACCUUACAAAUGUGAAAGGUGUGGUUAUGCAUUUGCCCGCAACGAUCACUUGGAAAGGCAUAAAAAAGCAAACAAAGGAGAACGCAAAUUAAGCUGUGUUCCAUUACAACAACAACAACAACAGCAAGAAAACACUGAAAAUCUUCUCCAAGUGCAGCUAAAACAAGAAGUAGAAAUAGACUCAGCUGCACAACAGAUUCAAGAAAGUGCAGCUUCACAACCAACUGCUCAAGAGAGUGCAGCUUCACAACCAACUACUCUAGAGAGUGCAGCUUCACAACCAUCUACUCAAGAGAGUGCAGCUCCACUACAAACUAUUAAUAUUGUGAAAGCAGAAAAUCUUCACUUAUUUAACAUCCAAGCUGCCCAACAACAAAUACAACAUCCUCAGACUGUCACCAUAGCAACAGGUGUCCCCCUGAACCAGUCAACCUCAGCUCAACCACAGCAGAUAAAUCUCAAUCUGGAUACACAAGCAACACUUCCACAUGCACAACUUGCUCAACAUAUGACGUUACCUGAUUCUGAUCUCUAUACAAUGGCAGCCCAGAUCUUUCCAUCAACUCAGGUUUUUCCCACAAUUCAGAUGUACCCAACAAAUGCACAAGUGAUUCCAACCAUACAAAUGCACCCUAGUGCAGCAGCACAGAUUUUCACUACAACUCCAGUAAUUACUUCAAAUUCAGCACAUGACCUUUGACAUAACUUCAUUUUUCCUUUAUCAUUUCAAAAAUUACAAUGAAAAUAAAAUUUUAAAAA